GGACCUUGUGGCCAAGACGCCCGAGGAAGCCAAAGCCUGGAUCAAGGGAGUGCGCAAGCUGAUUCACAAGGCUCAAACGAUGGAUGAGAAGGAGAGGCAGGACCAGUGGGUCCGCAACUGGUUUCUGAAAGCUGACAAAAACAAAGCUGGGAAGAUAAAUUUCAAAGAGGUGCAGACACUGCUGAAGAUGAUGAACGUGGAAAUGAAGGAGGGCAGUGCUUUGGAUCUGUUCACGAUGCUGGCCCAGAGGGAUGAAGUGCGGAAGGUGUUCAAGGACUGCUCUGGAGAUGGAGAGAAUUUACUGUUGGAGGAGCUGGAGACCUUCCUGAGCGUGAAGCAGCACGAGGGAGGGCAGAGUUACCAGCUCGCCAAGAUGCUGAUCGACCGCUACGAACCAUCUGAACCAUCUGAACCAUCUGAACCAUCUGAACGUAAACAUGGCCGGUGCUGGAAGUACAUUUACUCAAUCCUCUGUGCAGCCAAGAAGCAACGCAUCAUGUCGUUAGAUGGCUUCCAGAGCUACCUGUGCUCACAGGAGGGCUCCAUAUUUAAACCUAAGCAUCUGGAUCUUCACCAGGACAUGAGCCAGCCACUUAGCCACUACUUCAUCUCCUCCUCACACAACACCUACCUCCUGGAGGACCAGCUGCUAGGACAGAGCAGCCUGGAGGCAUACAUCAAGGCCCUGAAGAGAGGCUGCCGUUGUGUAGAGGUGGACUGCUGGGACGGCAGUGAUGGUGAACCCAUUGUGUACCAUGGUCACACUUGGACUUCCAAGAUUCUUUUUAGAGAUGUAAUUUCAACUCUGAAGGAAUACGCCUUCAAGGCAUCGGACUUCCCAGUCAUUCUGUCUAUUGAGAAUCACUGUGGUGUGGGGCAGCAGACAGUCAUGGCCCAGCACCUUAGCAAAAUCCUGGGUGACACACUACUGACCACCCUUCUGGAUGGGCAGGUCCCUCAACAGCUUCCUUCUCCACAGGAAUUGAAAGGCAAGAUUUUGCUGAAAGCCAAGAAGCUUAACAAUCCAGAAGACUGUCUCGAUGGAACCCAGACAGAUGAAGUAAGCGACGAAGAAGCAGAAGAUGCAGAGAGCCCGUCUACAGGGAAGCCACCUGCUAGGAAGAAGUCCAAACUGUCCAAGGAGCUGUCGGACUUGGUGGUUUACUGCAAGAGUGUGCACUUCCGUGACUUUGAGCAUGCUCGUUCAAACGCCAAAUGCUAUGAGAUAUCCUCGUUCUCUGAGAAAAAGGCCAAGGCGCUUGCUAAGGAUGAAGGAACAGAUUUUGUGCGGUACAACACUCGGCAGCUGAGCAGGAUCUACCCCAAUGGCCUCAGCGGGGCCAUUUCCUCUAACUACAACCCCCAGGAGAUGUGGAAUGUGGGCUGCCAGAUAGUGGCUCUGAACUUCCAGACAGCUGGUCUGGAAAUGGACCUGAAUGAUGGGCUGUUCAGGCAGAACGGCUGCUGCGGCUACGUCCUCAAGCCUGACUUCAUGAGAGACAGUAACACUCAGUUCAGUCCAGACAAACCCGAGGAGCGGCAAGGCUACAAACCCCUCCGCUUAUCCAUACAGGUGAUAAGUGGGCAGCAGCUACCAAAGGUGAAUCAGAAAGAGGGCUCUAUUGUAGACCCCCUGGUCAGAGUGCAGAUUUUUGGAGUGCCAGGGGACCAGCGCGUGAAAGAGACCCCUUACAUUAACAACAACGGUUUUAACCCAGUGUGGAAUAAAACUUUACAUUUUGUCAUCCACACCCCCGAGUUGGCCCUGGUUCGCUUUGAGGUGGAGGACCACGAUAGGGCGUCCAGGAACGACUUCAUCGGACAGUUCACUCUUCCGUUUACGUGCAUCCAAGCAGGAUAUCGUCACAUACAUCUGCUCUCCAAAGAUGGAAUAGCUAUCCCUCCCGCCUCCCUCUUUGUCAACAUCAGCAUCUCAGCGCUCACAUGAAGAAGUCAUAUCUG